AUGGAUGAAGCUAUCGCUAUUGUCGGCAUAGGGUGCCGGUUUCCUGGUGGGGCAAACUCGCCCCAGCGCUUAUGGGAACUGCUGCGCAACCCGACAGAUCUGGCGAGAAAGGUCCCUGAAGACCGGUUCAACAUGGAUGCUUUUUACCAUUCCCAGGCGGGACAUCAUGGCACUACUUAUGUGUCUGAGUCGUACUUCCUGGAUGAGGACAUCAAGAAGUUUGAUGCACCCUUCUUUAACAUAUCACCCGCUGAGGCCGCUGCAAUGGACCCGCAGCAACGCUUACUACUUGAAACUGUGUACGAGUCACUAGAUCGAGCCGGUCUGGCGCUGGAGAAGCUCCAAGGGUCCCAAACAGGGGUCUUUUGCGGGCUCAUGCGACACGACUACCACCAACUACUUGCAACAGACGUGGAGACGAACCCACCAUAUGCCCUGGCAGGUACGGCUGCCUCGAUUCUGGCCAACCGCGUGUCGUACUUCUUUGACUGGCAUGGGCCAUCUAUGACUGUUGACACAGCCUGUUCCUCAAGUCUGGUCGCUCUACAUCUGGCUUGCGAAUCCUUGCGCAAAGGCGAGUCCUCGUUAGCUGUGGUUGCGGGCAGCAACCUGAUAUUGAGUCCAGACCCCUAUAUCUGGGAAGCAAAAAUGCAGCUGCUGUCACCCAGCAACCGCUGUCAUAUGUGGGAUGCGAGCGCUGAUGGCUUUGCCUGCGGAGAGGGAGUGGCGGCAGUGGUGUUGAAGAGGUUGAGUGACACCAGUGGUGAUGAGAUUGACUGUCUGAUUCGGGCGACUGGGGUCAACUCAGAUGGCCGCAGCGCAGGGCUAGUCAUGCCGAACGGCGACGCGCAGCAGGCCUUGAUGUCUUCUACAUAUGCCCGUGCUGGACUCGAUCCGAGACGAAACCCUUAUGAUCGGUGCCAGUUCUUCGAAGCCCACGGCACUGGCACCCGAGCAGGUGACCCUCAAGAGGCAGCAGCCAUCCACAGCUUUUUCUGGGGGGACCGCAGCGAUAACUACGAACAUGAAAACCCAAUUUAUGUCGGUUCGGCCAAGACCAUUAUUGGCCAUACAGAGGGCACUGCUGGGCUUGCGGGAAUCAUUCGUUCCGCGUUGGCCUUAAAACAUGCGGUAAUUCCGCCAAACCUACACUUCCACAAACAAAGCAACCGUGUCGACCCAUAUAUUGCUCAUUUAGAGGUCCCGACACAGGCUCUACCUUGGCCUGAUUUGCCGGCCGGCGUGCCACGGCGUGCAUCCGUCAGCUCGUUUGGGCUCGGAGGCAUGAACGCGCAUGCUAUUCUUGAGAAUUUUGACCAGGCUCAGCUCUUUUCACAGGAUCGUCCUCAGUGCCAACAGCCUCUGCUUCCGGUGGUUCUGUCAGCAGCGUCCACAGUCACCCUGGGAGAUAUGCUACAACAGUACGCUGAGUGGCUCCGGGAGCACCCUACAGUGGAUCUACUGGAUCUGGGAUCUUCCCUAUUGACACGUCGGUCAGCCUUUCGCCACCGGAAGUUUUUCACCGCUACAUCGCCCGACGAGCUUCGGCAAAAGAUUGAGCACGAUAUGAAGCAUUGUACGAAUGGUAGUAUGUCGACAGUUGCCCUCCGGCCCGGCCAGAAAGAAAAGCAAAUCCUCGGCAUCUUCAACGGCCAAGGAACACAGUGGCCGCAGAUGGGGCUGGACCUCAUCCAGGCCUGCCCUGAAGCUAUGUCCUGGAUGCGCCAGCUACAGCAGUCAUUGGAUGAACUUCCUGAGAAAUAUCAUCCCGACUUUACGCUCCUAGACGAGCUGUCCGCCCCAGAGACUUCGUCCCGGCUCAACACAGCUGCCAUCUCACUACCGGUACGAACGGCUCUUCAGAUCAUCCAGGUUAACAUGCUUCGCGUCCUUGGAAUCUCCUUCACAGCAGUGGUGGGACAUUCCUCUGGGGAGAUUGCUGCAGCAUAUGCUGCUGGUGUACUCAGUGCACCUGACGCAAUCCGAGUCGCGUACCUACGCGGUUUCGUAAUUAACGAGCUCGCAUCUCACGGGCGGAUGAUGGCUGUGAAUUUGUCCGAGCAUCAGGCGAAUACGAUUUGCUCGGACUCACGGUAUCAAGGACGGGUGGCCAUGGCAGCCUGUAACGCACCAUCCAAUGUCACCUUGUCCGGUGAACAUGAGACCCUGGAGGAGCUCGAGUGGCUGCUGCAGAGCCUUGACCGGCAUCCACGUCGAUUGACAACUGAUGUAGCUUAUCACUCCCACCAUAUGCGGGCCUGUACGGAGUCCUAUCUGCGCGCCCUAGAGUCCUGUAAUAUCAAGGUGCAACCGCCAACCUCCACGCAAUGGUACUCAAGCGUAUACAGGGGCAGGGCAGUGAACGCGGCAGAUGCUGCACUUGACGGCGCGUACUGGUGUGAGAACCUGCUGUGUCCGGUCUUAUUCUUCGCAGCCCUGACAGCUUGCCUGGAGCAGAUCCCGGGCAUCGAUAUGAUCAUCGAAGUCGGCCCAAAGGCUGCACUUCAAGGCCCGACACGACAGACUCUGGUUAACAUGCACCCCAAAGGUCCUGAGAUCCCCCAUAUCGGAUUGGCUCGACCAGGGAAAAGUACUAUAGAGUCCAUGGCUAUAGCUAUUGGCUGGCUUUGGGCAUAUCAUGGUGCGCAGGAGCUACAGGUCCAACAAUAUAUGCGUCUGUUUGCACCUUGCCGAGAUGUGCGCUACCUGAAAUCACUUCCAACGUAUCCAUUUGACCAUCGUACUUCCUACUGGGCUGAACCCCGGCUCGCCAAGGCCCGCUUGCGUCGACGAACUUCACCAAAUCCCUUGCUGGGAGCACUUAGCGCCGAAAGUGGCCAAGGUGAAUGGCGCUGGAGAAACUACCUGCGCUGCGAGGAGCUGCCUUGGCUAGUUGACCACCAGAUCUUGUCAGAGGUAGUGUUUCCACCGAUGGGCUACAUUGCCAUGGUGCUUGAGGCGGCCCGGAUCAUGUCCGAAGGAAAAUCUCUGGAGCUGCUGGAGAUUCAGCAAUUGAUACUGGAGCGCACCAUUUCCAUCCCUGAAGACGGGCCAGGCGUCGAAACCCUCUUCAAAGUAGAUGUUGAGUCUGAUUGUGACGACAGGAUCUCAGCCACUUUCCAAUGCCAGGCAAACUAUGAGGGUGAUCUGGAACGGUGUUUGUCCGGCCGUAUCACCCUUACUCUCGGCGAACCAGAACCGACGGCCUUGCCGUCCAGAGAUGAGGCCAAGUCCAACUUGCGGCCGGUCAAUAUGGAGGAUUUCUACUACAAGUUACAGGCCAUCGGAGCCGACUUCUCGAAUAGUUUCCGGAGCAUGACCGAACUUAAGCGACGGCAAUAUUGUGUGCAAGGGGUGGCUAACGCCCCCUGCGAUGAAUUACUUAUCCUUCACCCCGCUACAAUGACUAUAGCGCUACAGGCACUGUGGGGAUCCAUCGAGGGCACAGAUGAUGGGCGGUUGCCAGCAUUGCUGCUGCCUACAAGGAUCGAUUCCAUCAUAAUCAACCCCUCUUGCUGCCAUCCCGGAGCCAUCGGUAUUGAUGCCACUAUCACGCACAUCGGGGCCGGCAGUGUCUGUGGCAAUGCAUUCGUGCUCAACGCGGUAGGGGAUGGAAUGGUCCAACUGGAGGGCAUCCAUCUGACGCCAUCCAAUCCCGUCACCGAUGACCAUAAUCUAGAUAUCUCUGCGUUCGGAACGACUGUCUGGGGCCCAUUGCAACCGGACCCCACAAUCGGUACUCCAAUGGAGCUCCCAGCUGCAUUCUCUAUACAGAUUCUGCAAGAGCGCUUAGCCGUGCUGUACCUUCGAGAUGUCCAAGCCCAGCUCACUCCACAGGAUCGGAAGCAGCUCGACUGGCAUCGCAGCCGAUAUGUCGCGUGGAUGGAUCGCAUACUGUCCAAGAUUCAGGAUGGAUCACACCCUCAUUACCCGCAGGAAUGGCUCCAUGGGACUGUGGAUGGCAUGAUCUCUGGAUCGCUCGGUGGGACACAUGGGACUAUUAUCCGUGUCACGAAUAUCGUAGGGCAGAGCUUACUACACUUCUUGCGUGGUGAGGCAACAAUACUGAGGGAGCUACGCUACGACAAUGAUCUCCUCUCUCGUUACUACCAGAACGAUAAUGCGAUGCGUAUCAUGAGUUACAAGCUAGGCACCGUAGUUGGCCAGAUUGCGUUCCGUAACCCUUGUCUCGACAUCCUCGAAGUUGGCGCCGGCACUGGGUCAGCGACCCGCGCCGUGCUGUCCUCUAUCGGCCGAGGAUAUCAAUCCUACACCUAUACUGAUAUCUCGCCAGCCUUCUUUGAGGAUGCACGCGCGGAAUUUGCCGCACAUUCAGACCGUGUCAUCUACCAGGUGCUAGAUAUAGAACGUGACGUGCGGGAUCAAGGCUUCUCCACACAUGGCUAUGAUUUAGUGAUUGCGAGCAACGUGCUACACGCGACCAAAUCCCUUCGCCUCGCGCUGAGGCAUGUAAGAGAGCUUGUCAAACCCUCUGGCUAUUUUGUCAUGCUUGAGGGUACAGAUCCAGAUCGAGUGGCGCCCCCGUUCAUCUUCGGCGGCUUCGAGGGCUGGUGGCUAGGCGAGGACGAUGGGCGAUCUUGGGGGCCAUUGAUCCGCUCUGAAGAAUGGGAGGCAUUGUUACAGUGUGCUGGUUUUGGUAUCCACACCUCGCACACACCAGUGGAACAGGAUAAUGCGCUGGGCAUGUCUCUGAUACUAUCGCAGGCUGUCGACGGUUGUACGCAGCACCAGCACGAACCCCUAACUGUCCCCGCAUCAGGGCCACAGAUGAAUUUGCUGCUGAUCGGCGGUGCCACUGAGGCCACAGCACCGAUUGUCGAGGAGCUGUCUAUAACACUUCGGCCUUACUUCGCGCACGUUUUCUCCUGCUCGGCUGUACGAUAUUUUAUGCCUGAUACGAAAGCCACUGUUCUUGCCGUCCUUAGCCUUGUCGAUUUCGACUACCGGCUACUCCCAAACGAUUCCGAGACGCGGUGGCAAGGGCUGGAGGCGCUUAUGAAGGCAGCAAGCUGCCUAUUGUGGGUGACCUCGGGGGAGGACAGCAUUGAUCCAUGUUACUCCUUGAACAAAGGCUUCCUGCGCUCACUCGCCCUCGACUCGUCGUUCGGCAUGUUGCAACAUCUUACCGUCGUGGAUCCUACAGCACUGGAGGUGAAGAUGCUCGCCACCACAUUCAUGCGGCUCGUUCAUACGAAGAGGGCAAGCAUCGACUUUCAUGCCGUGGGCAGUCCCGAGAUCGAGCUGCGGUGGAAGGACGGGAUCAUGCAGAUCCCACGUAUCAUGCGCAGUAGGACAAUCAACCGCCGCUUGCUAGCCAGCCGUGGCAUUCCCGUGUCAGACUCAGUGGAUGUACGGACCUCGGUUCUCCAGGCGGUUGCGUCCAGCGACAUACCGGGUCAAGUGACUAUCUGCUUGGUAGAUUCCAUGUACUUCCCUGCCAAGAACCUGCUUCCAGCGGACUCCCUUGCUCGACAUGACGUACAUUAUUCCACUCGUGCUGCACUGGAAAUUGCAGGGGCCGACUUUUUGCAUCUGGUGGUAGGACGGAAUCUUUCCAACGGUACCCGACAGCUGGCCUUGUCGGCCUCCCAUGGCUCAGUCGUCACAACACCAUCUUCGUGGUGCUGGGAUAUCCCGGACUCAGUUCCUGCCCAUGAUGAGCCAUCUUUCUUACACGCUGUGGCCGGUGUCCUUGUGGCCAUGGCGGUGGUCCGCCCGGCUGUUCGGUCUCAGGUACUGUGGGUUCAUGAUCCGCAUGUCGUAGGGCCAGGAUUCCAGGCCUCAUUGGCAUCUACUGCGUCUAUGCUCGGCGUCAAUCUUCAGUUAAGUACAUCUCGCCGUCAACAAGAUCCCGAAAUACUCUUCCUCCAUUCUCGGAGCUCCGCUCAGACACUGGCCCGCCUGCUGCCGACAAAUAUCUCAACCGCAGUUGUAUUUGGUGACAGUCCCCUCUCUCGGCGGAUACCCUCUGUGCUGCCAAACGGUGCUGCCCAGCGAAAACUUUGUGACUUCUGCCGUCCGUCCUCCUCCAUUUCCAAAGAGAUGUACAUACAGUCCGUCACCGAUGCACUUCGUAGCGCCUGUUUGUUUACCAGUCGAACGAGAGGAUAUCAAAAUAGUAUUGGCACGAUUAGUCCAGAGGAACUCUCCCGGCGUCCAAUGACCCUCCAGCCUCUGGAGAUUGUAAAUUGGAGGCAGCCUACUCGCGUUGAAGCACAGGUGCUACCAGCCAGCUCCCUAGUGACUCUGUCGUUGACCAAAACAUAUCUUGUUGCUAAUAUGACGGGCGACCUAGCCCGGUCGGUGAGUGAAUGGAUGUCCCGUCAAGGUGCUCGAUACAUCGUCCUCGCCAGUGAUCGUGCAGACUUAGACCCUUCAUGGGUUGCGGAGAUGCUGAAUAAUGGAGUGCACUUACGAUUAAUGCAAACGGAUAUCUCUAAGCAGGAGUCCGUUCUCCAGGUUGACCACACUAUUAGAAGGAGCUUUCCACCGCUGGGAGGUAUCAUUUACAGCAGUCUGGGCCAGUUGGAAUGGCCCUUGGGACGGACGACGCUCGACAAUCUACGCCACCAGUGGGAGCCAGCGGUCCAUAGUGGCCGUUUGCUAGAUGACCUCUACCGUAGCUACGAUCUGGAGUUUUUUAUCUUCGUAGGGUCACUGCUCGGGCCCAUUGGCUGCGCUGGUCAGUGUGACAUCUUAGCCACUAGUGAGUUCCUCUCGGGGAUUGUUUCCCGGCGCCGGCGAGAAGGUCGCGUGGGCAGUAUAGUCUAUCUUGGUGACAUGCAUGGACUAGACUCCACAGAGCGUAGCAAAGAAAGCCCCGUGGGUGCGCCAUCACUAUCUGAACGAGAGAUACAUGAGGCCCUCUCUGAGGCAGUAAUUGCAGGCCGUCCAGAGUCAGAUUAUGAUCCAGAAAUCUUAGCUGGUCUCCGACUAAGUGACGAAUGGUCCCAGAUCCCGAAGAUGUGGCCAUGGAUGAUCAAGACAGGAAACUCACACGUCAAUACAUCACCGCGCCAGAAAUUAGAUGCUCGCGCCCAACUUGGAGCAGCCACAAGCAACGAGGAGGCUGCAGAUAUAAUUAUGAGGCACCUCAUAGACAAACUAUGCAGCAAGCUGGGCCUCACUGCAAGCGCCAAAAUCGGACGUGCAACCUUGUUGCAUGAGCUCGGAAUUGACUCACUUGUCGCGGUGGACGUGCAUAUCUGGCUCUCUAAGGAGCUGGGGGUCAAGAUUCCAAUUACACAGAUGAUGGGUGGUGACUCUAUUGGCCGUCUGGCCGUUGAAGCUGCCGCGCGCCUUGGUGGGACUGAUGUUCGUAUUAUGUAG